UCAGUCCAUUGAGUCAGCGGCCAUGCGCAAAUAGAUUCAGAGGUGGUCUGAGAGGAGUGGGGUCUUGCUCUGAGUAGAGGUCUGCCUUUGGAACCCGCAUAUAUUUCCCGAAGAUUACAAUUAGCAUCUGGACUCUCAUUUUUUACGCGGACAUCUCAUUUUAAGGAAAAGUCUGACGGGGUUUUUUCUCCCCCCUGCACCCUCCACCCCCCUGGUGCCUCCGCGGAUGACAGAUCGUCUCGAUGCAGAAACCACCAGCAACGAUGCGGCGGCUGUCACGUUAACUUAUUAACUGGUAUUACUCAAAUCACUUCGCGACCGUUUGUAUCGUAAAAGAGGGGGGCAGAACAUUUGAAUCCAUGAUGAAGCUCAAACCGAACCAGACAAGGACGUACGAUGGAGACGGGUUUAAGAAGAGAGCCGCAUGUCUGUGCUUCAAGAAUGAACGCGAAGAGGAGGUUCUGCUGGUCAGCAGUAGUCGGCACCCGGAUCAGUGGAUCGUUCCUGGAGGAGGGAUGGAGCCAGAGGAAGAACCUUGUGGGGCAGCCGUACGAGAGGUGUUUGAGGAGGCUGGUGUGAAGGGCAAACUCGGGCGUUUGCUUGGCGUAUUUGAGCAAAACCAAGAUCGGAAGCACCGAACAUAUGUGUACGUGUUGACCGUCACAGAGACGCUGGAAGAUUGGGAAGAUUCAGUCAAUAUAGGCCGUAAGCGGGAAUGGUUCACCGUUGAGGAGGCCAUCAAAGUGCUGCAGAGCCACAAACCUGUACACGCCGAGUACCUGCGGAGGCUGCAGCUCAGCUGCUCCCCCACCAACGGGAACUGCAUCCUCCCAACUCCACCAACAAACGACAUCUACCCUCAUUACGGCACAAACGCCAACACGCCUUCCACAGGGACACGCUGGACUCUCCCUACAGACAGGACUGCACCUUAGCCUCAGUUUUGCUCAACAGCCUGUACAGUCUCCUGCAUGAAUCUACUGACUUCUCACAGUCGUGGAUCACCUGUAUUUAAAACUUCUAAUCAUAGCUGCAAGACUGACCAAAGCCGCUGGCAGAACUUUGACAAAGACUAAGAGCGGGAGACGCUUGUGAAGCCGACACCUGGAUAUGACUAACUCCUGGACAUUUCUACUGACUCUGUUUGUGAAAAAGAAAAAAGAAUGCCUUAUAGAAAACUGUAUGAAUGUUGUAUUUGGGUUCUUUUAUUUCACUUAAGGCUGUUUUUACUUUGUAGCAGUGCUGCAUAGCUUCUUAAGGUUAAGUGGGCCCUAAAGCACAUUGGUUUGCAGAAUGUCUCCAGGUAUAAUCCUUUUAUCCACCCAUACUUGUAUUACCUAAUGUAUUAUGAUGCGCCUUUGCAUUUGCGCAUUGGAGGAUUUUUUUAAAUGUGAAUUUGGAUUUUUUUGUACGCCCUAAAAUAAUUUACUUGCAUUUUUCUAAACAAAUAUACAUGAAUGUUCUGUAAUAUUCAGCAUCAGUGAAAUAUUUUGGGUGAUAUUGUAAUAAACUUAAAUAAAUAGGGCAGAUUUAACUUUUUUUGCCCCAAACCAGUAAAUGAUUAACCCCCCCCAAAAACUGUAAACUUUAAUGAAGGUCAGGGAUCAGGACUUUGUUUGACACAGCAUCCCACAGCAUUACAUUGUUCCACAGAUUUCAAUUGGAUCAUUCAAAGUCUGUCUUGGGUGUUAUUUUGUUGACCCAAAAAAGGCCAAUUUCCUUAACCUGCAGCCAUUUUUUUUUGUCUUCUCACAUGGUGCUUUAAAGUAUUCGGUUAAAUUGACAUCAUUGUCAUCUAUAAAGUGAUGUAUGUGCAUGUUACUGCAACAAUACAUUUGAGAAUGGAUGGGAUUUCCUUAUAAUCUGUUGCUGUGGUCUCAAGGUGCUGGGGAACGCUUCCAAAAAAGAAAAGAAAAUCUCAUUUUUGUGGACAUACUGGAUCAGUGUUGCCAGUUUUGAGACAAUAAAAGUUUCUAAAGGUAAUAUUCAGUUUUAGUGGGUAAAUAUGUACGUUCAUCAGCACGCCACCAACUACAUUUUUCAAGUAAAAGUAAAAUUCCAAAGAAAGCGGUUCCCACUUAUAACCCUUGUUUUGCUCCCUGCUUCGACAACUGAAUGACAGAUUUGUAAAUAGCUUCGAUGAGGUUUUUUAACCUGAAAUAAGUGAAUUUUCGCAUAGUAUUUUCUAUCAUUUUUAACAAUCCACAAAAGACAGUGAAGAACCCCACCUUCUCCCUCAUGUAUGUAUGUAUAAAGUGUAUAGAUUAUGUUUGUUUAAAGGUGCCAUGAUUGCUUCUUUGUCGGCAGAAGAGUCUGGAGUAACAUGAGCUGCAUUUCAAACUCCCUUUUAAAUGUGUAUUUUAAGAUUUUAAGAAUGGCUGACAGCGCAGAAUGACAAUAAUGGUAACACAAAAACCUCUAACAGGAGGUUUGACCCAAAUGUUUAAAAAUAGGAGACACAUUUUUCUAACACCUUUCUACAAUUAGGCAUAGUCUACGUAUAAAUGCAUUUUGUGAAAGAAAAUUGAUCAUCAAAAGUGUUGAUUUAAUUCUAUAUCCUGCAAACUGGUUUUGGAUCGUAUAACAGAUUUAGGGGAUUUGAAGUCUCCCUUUACUUCCCCUGUUGCUGCUGCUUUGUCAGAAAAUCUCCACUUUCAUAAACCUUUUGAUUCUCUCGUGAGAACCCUUCAGUGUGCAGACAGCUUGAUGAACUUGAAAUGUGAUGUGCCAAAUCAUUUAAAGUGAUCUGUAUGUGUAUAACUUUCUGACACGAAAAGAGUGUUAAAGGGAAAGAUUCAUACUGCAUUUUUUAAAAAAACUAAAUUUAAGCCCGUAUUUCCUUUUGCAACACUGUUUGAAAUGAUCAUUUGUCAUGAAAUUGUUCAUGUGUCACAAACUGCAGUCCAGAAUGAACUUGAAUGUGUUUUUCUCCUGUCGUUUGGCAGCGCAGUGCUGCCUGAAAUCUGAAUGUGGGCUGGUCGUAUCCAGCUCAGAAACCUGUUAUCAAAGCAAACGAAGGAGCCGUGAUCAGUCAUCAUGGUGAGAUUAUGCAAAGCCAGGUUAAAUGUGAAUGUGAUUGGAACUGGAAAGAUGUUUGACUAAAACAAAUGCAUUAAAGGGGAAUAAUCUUA